CACAAUAAAUAUUACGAUUUUUUUUGGUAUAUAUUUUUAAGGGUUAGCUGGCUUUGGCCAAAAUCAAGGUGCUGUGAUUGACGCCAUGCUUGAAAACCACUUCCCGGCUUUACAAAAUACCAUUUAAUUUUCUCUUUUUAACCUCUAAUUUUUCAUAUUGUUACUCUUCAAUCUUUAACUAGUUUUAUAUCCAAAUACAGUUCACCACUAGGGUUUCUUAUUCCAUUGGAUUGGAACCUACCAACUUUGUCCCUCGCCCUUAUUUUAUAUUUUGCUUCUGAAUCACGGAAUUGGAGGCUUUUCUUGAGCUGAGUUUAGUAUUUUUCUGCUGGAAGGAAAGAAUAAUCAAGCAAAUUCUGGGUAUUUUUCUUUCGUGACCAUGUCUGAAAGUGUUUGUAUGUGGAAAUCUGUUAUUAACAGUUGCUUUUGACGUUCAGACAGGUCUUCAACAGCCUCGGCUCAUUAUUUACUAGUAUCAACUGUGGCUGGAGUAGCAUAUCCCUAUUAAUAGUCGUUGACAAGUGUCUUUAGAGAUUAAUAUCUGAUUAUUGUGAGAUCAGAAUAUAGUGAGCAGCUUCUCAAUUUUCUGAAGCUGCUAAAUUUCUGGUUGGUGUUGGUGUUAUAUGAGUGAAAAUGCACUUGAAGCGAAAGCAAGCCUUGCUGUUUUCAUUGUUCGUCGUUGUUUUUCUUGGUUUUGCGAAAGCAGAGUCUGAACAUGAAAUUGCACAGAAGUUGAUAUCAGCUCCUCACAAGAAUGUACGAAGUAACGUUAUUGAUGGUGUGGGAACUGAGAGUUCUUUCAGAUUGGACGAAACAAGUAGUGGUGGAGUGGGUGAGAGGAUUAGUGGAAGUAGCAAAGUUUCGAUCUCAACUGUUGCUUUGUUCACAUUGGCUAUGGCAGCUGCCACUGGUUUAGGUGCAGUACCUUUUUUCUUUGUAGAGCUUGAUCCACAAUGGGCCGGAUUAUGCAAUGGAAUGGCUGCUGGUGUGAUGUUGGCAGCAAGCUUUGAUCUCAUUCAAGAAGGACAAGAACACGGUGCUGGGAAUUGGGUUGUGAUUGGGAUUUUAGCCGGGGGAAUUUUCAUUUGGCUUUGUAAGCAGUUUCUUGAGCAAUACGGUGAAGUAAGCAUGUUAGAUAUAAAAGGCGCAGAUGCAACAAAGGUUGUUCUUGUCAUUGGGAUAAUGACUCUUCAUUCAUUUGGUGAGGGCUCUGGUGUUGGAGUUUCAUUUGCUGGCAACAAGGGUUUCUCUCAAGGCCUUCUGGUAACUCUGGCUAUUGCAGUGCACAACAUACCAGAAGGAUUAGCUGUUAGUAUGGUGCUUGCAGCAAGGGGAGUGUCUCCGCAGAAUGCCAUGUUAUGGAGUGUAAUCACAUCACUGCCUCAGCCACUUGUAGCAGUUCCUGCAUUCAUGUGUGCAGAUGCAUUCAACAAGUUUCUGCCUUUCUGUACAGGCUUUGCUGCCGGAUGUAUGAUCUGGAUGGUUGUUGCUGAGGUACUUCCUGAUGCAUUCAAGGCUGCCUCUCCAUCGCAGGUUGCCUCAGCAGCUACUCUCUCUGUUGCAUUUAUGGAAGCUCUUAGCACUAUGUUUCAAAGUUUUACCCAUGACUACAACUCAGAGGAUGCUUCUGGUUUCUUUGUUUCACUACUUUUUGGUCUUGGGCCAUUGCUUGGUGGAAUUGUUCUGGUUUCUUUUUCUUUGGCUUUUCGCUUGCAGCAUGCUCUUCUCAUGGGUGCAGCAUCUGGCAUUGCCUUCGUCCUUGGUGCUUGGCGACCACUGCAGCUACUUUUUUCUGCAAAGAUGGGAGCUAUACCUCUUGUGUUUUUGCUUGCAGCAGGUGCUAUUUUCGUUCAUGGUGUAAGCUCUAAUAUUCUUGGGCUUGCUAGUCGGAAAAAAUCAUCAGUGAAUGACUUGCCAACAGCAAAUGGUUUCCAAGUGAGCAUUCACACUCUUCAAUCGUUCUUAUCAUGUGGUGCAGUUGCCCUUCAUGCUUUAGCUGAAGGGCUUGCACUUGGUGUAGCUGCACCAAAAGCUUAUGGGCUUGGUCGGCAUAUGGUCCUUCCAGUCUCUUUACACGGUCUUCCUCGAGGAGCAGCUGUUGCAAGUUGCAUUUUUGGUGCUACUGACAGCUGGCAAGCAUCCCUUGCAGCUGCUGCCCUAAUUGGUUUCAUGGGUCCAGUGUCUGCAAUUGGAGCAAUACUUGCAGGAAUCGACUAUAGUGGUUUAGACCAUGUGAUGGUGUUUGCUUGUGGAGGGCUACUACCAUGUUUCGGAAAUAUAAUCAAGAGAGCUGCAAGAUUGGACUCGAGGAAAUCUGUCUGUGGCCUCAUUAUAGGACUGGGGUUUGCCACCUUGUGUUUGACGUGCACCAAAUUAGUUUGCUUGCAUACACCUUACUGCAAUUCUGCACCAGAGGCUGUUAGAUGAGAUUGAUUGUGUGAGGGUUGUGUAAACUAAUAGUUGGUUGUGACUGAAGCUGUUGUUGGGGGUACAAGUUUGGGACACCUGUUGAAGCCUUUUUUCAAAGAGAAUUAGUAAACAGAAGUGAACGGAGAAGAUUUUCUUUAAAGCAGUAUGUCAUCCUAUACUUUGAGAGACAAGCCAAGCUUUUCUACACCCACAAAAGGCUUCAGCAUUUCAUAUAUUGAUUAUUGUAUUAAUAUUAUUAUUAUUGAUUUUUGAACAAUAGAGGUGAUACAAAUCUCCUUGUAGGCAACCAUUCUUUCCGUGAGUCAUGUACUUAAAUUUAUCACUAGAAAGCAAGGUGGUUGUGAUUAUACCUCUAAAUAAUUGACCGUAGUUGACACUGACUUUUUUCUUU